AUGCCCCGUCUACGACCCGAUGACCGACUACCGCCGGACCCACGCAUCGGAACGAGCUUAAACUUACACGAAGGUGACAUGGUUGGUCUGCUGAAUGCUGAACCUGCUACUUUGGUCACCAAAAAUGACAAUUUUUCAUCGGACUCGGAAAUCGAUUCCGAUUUGGAUUCCGCUUUGGAUCCUGAUUCUGACUCCGAUGCCUAUUCAGAAGCCGAGCCCGACGAGACUAUAACCGCCACGAUCGUCCGCGAGAUCCAGGACGGCACUUAUACGUGUUUGGUGUGCACUUCUGAAAUCGACCUGGAGUCGAAAAUCUGGUCCUGUCAGGAAUGCUUUCGAGUUUACGACUUGGAUUGUAUUAAGGACUGGGCUAAAAAUGGAUCUUCCACAGACAAGGUCCAGAAAACCUGGAGAUGUCCCGCUUGCAAUGUGGUGACAUCAACGGUUCCACAAAAGUUUACCUGUUGGUGCGGAAAGGUUGCAAAUCCUCGCCCCAAUUCCUUUAUGCCGUUUAGUUGUGGAAAUCCCUGUAAUACGCCGUAUCCUGGCUGUGUCCACAGCUGUUCUUCAGCGUGCCACCCUGGUCACCACCCUGUUUGUGGUGCUUUGGGACCGCUAAUGAAGUGCCAUUGCGGAAAACACGAGCGCCAAUUGCCGUGCUUGAUCACUCCAUACGAGACUGGAUGGAAGUGUAACGUUCCGUGUGAGGUUAAUGUGUGUGAUUUGGGACACGGCUGCCCGAAAAAAGCUUGUCAUAGUGGAUUUUGUGGUCCUUGUGAUCGCAUAGUGCAAGAGAAAUGUUAUUGUGGGCAACUGAAAAUGGACGUCGCUUGCUACCAGCGUUUUGCCAAGCAGUGCAACGACGUGAAAGGAGAGGAAACUUGGAUAGGAACUGUCAAAUGUGGAUUGAAAACAAAAAUUUACUACGAUUGUUCGGUCCAUUAUGAUGAGAUCGAAUGCCAGCCACUUCCCACAGUAUCAAGAAAAUGUAAACUUUCUCCAGAUGUGGUGAAGACCUGCCACUGUGGAAAGUCUUCUGUUGAACCCAAAAUGAGAACAAAAUGUACCGACCCAAUCCCAGAAUGUGACUCCGUUUGCGGAAAGCUUCUUUCUUGUGGCUGUACUUGUAUCCAGAAAUGUCACUCUGGAGAAUGUGUUUGUUUCAAUGUCUUGGAACGGGAAUGUUCCUGUGGAAAUUCCGCUUUCAUGGUGCCUUGUAGAUUCCUUCAAGAAGGAUACCAGCCCAAAUGUACCAGGAAAUGUCCAGUGCUUCUCAAUUGUCGUAAGCACUAUCACAGAGAGGUAUGCUGUCCCUUUGAAAAGGAAGCGCUACGAAGAGAAAGAGAGAAAAAGAAAGCGAUUAGAAACGGAACUCGAACCUUGCGUAAUGAAGACGAAACCAUGACUAUGGAACCUAUUCAUAUUUGCAUCAGAACUUGCAACAGGCUCAAAUCUUGUGGACGUCACUACUGUGAGGCUUUAUGUCACGCUGGACCUUGCGGAAUAUGUUUAGAGUCUUCAAAUGAAGAUCUAGUUUGUCAUUGUGGAAAAACCAGAAUCGAUGCUCCGGUAAGAUGUGGUACUGUUCUUGAAUGUCACGAGCAAUGUGCGCGUCCUAAAGCUUGUGGACAUAGACCUGAGGUUCACGAGUGCCAUGACGAUAAUACAAAUUGUCCCAAAUGUACCGCAUCGGUAACCAAAAGAUGCAAUUGUGGACGUAAGGAAAUCAAAAAUGUUCUUUGCUCACAAACCAACGUUUCCUGUGGUACAAUGUGUACUGAAACCAAAGCCUGUGGUCACCCUUGUCUCAAUGUGUGUUCCUCUGAUUGCACAGAACGUAACAUUCACGCCAGCCCUGCCAACUGCCAACUGUAUUGCAAAAAGUAUCGACUCAAAUGUCCUCACACGUGCAAAUCUAAAUGCCACUUCAAAAAACCAGGGAAGCCUUUACUCUGUGAUGGCUUCUUGUGCAAAGAAACUGUACAAAUUCAGUGCCCAUGUGGACGUAAAAAGAAGGUCGGAAGUUGUGGAGGCAGCACUUUGAGUGCAUCUUUGAUUUUGCUGAGCUUGGAUUGUGACGAAGACUGCUUAAAAGCAGCCAGAGAUGAAGAGCUUCGUAAAGUUUUGUUAGGCGACGAAGAAGACCAGUUGGAGCUUCCUUACUCUGACUCGUUGAUGGAUGUAUUUGAACGUCAAACUCUGUGGUGUUCUAGAAUGGAGGUUGUCUUUAGGGUUUUUGUAAAGGAGAGUCUUCAGUUGAAGGAGAAUGAGAGUGGAGAGAAGUCUGAAGAGAAUGGAGAGGAGUAUGAAGAGAAUGCAGUGAAGCCCACUCAAGAGAAUGAUGUGAAGUCUUCCAAAGAGCUGGAAGAAACUUCUAACGAGCCUCCGUCCGUCACUUUCCGUCGUUUCUCCGGACUCAACAGUGCACAAAUAGCCUUCUUGUGUGACUUGGCCAAGAGUUUACGUCUUUACUCUGAACAUGACGACGAGUCAAUGUUCAUUGCUAUCACUAAGCACACCUUUCUUCCCGAGACUACAAUCCAGCAAUCGGUUCUUUCAAGACAACAGUACCGGAUUGAGAUGAAUAAGGCUGAAAUGAUGAAAAAAAAAGACAUUGCAGAAUCUCUCUUCAAUGCGAUUCUUGUUCAAGAUGUCUUCUUUGGCAUUGUUAAAGAUGAGCUUGAGCGUGAGUUAAUGCCUUUGAUCGAAGGGUUCAAAAUAGAGAAGCCAAAGAUGCAUUGGAUGAGGGAAUCUACCUAUGUGUUUUACUCGGAAACAUCGUAUCAGCAGAUGACUUUGGAGGAAGAGAACAAAUUGUAUCUUGCAAUGAAGUCGGUUCGCAAUGCUGUACGCAACAAGUCGUUGGCGUUCAAUGCUAAGCUUUGUCUCAUAGAUGCCGAUGUUGAACACAUUUUAAAAGUUAACGAAAAAGACUUGGCACUUAAACUGGACGAAAAGGAAGUAAAAGAGCCAUCACCUUCAUUGGAAAAUAAUUCAUUUUCUAUCUUGGAGGGGUCUAUAUAG